UUAGGCAGUCUUCGUUCUCGUCCCCAGCGAAUAACACAUUCAGAUAUGGAUUUCUACUAUAUGCCCGGUAGCAGCGGAUGCCGCACUGUCCAGAUGGUAGCCAAGGCCGUUGGCGUGGAGCUGAACAAGAAGCUCCUGAACACCAUGGAGGGCGAGCAGCUGAAGCCGGAGUUUGUGAAGCUUAAUCCACAGCACACCAUUCCCACCCUGGUGGAUAAUGGCUUCUCCAUCUGGGAGUCCCGCGCCAUUGCCGUCUACCUAGUGGAGAAGUACGGCAAGGACGACUCUCUCUUCCCCAAGGAUCCCAAGAAGCAGGCCGUGGUCAACCAGCGUCUGUACUUUGACAUGGGCACCCUCAACGAUGCCUUCGCCAAGUACUACUAUCCCCUGUUCCGCACCGGUCAGCCCGGUAGCGAAGAGGACUUCAAGAAGAUCGAGACGGCCUUCGGGUUCCUGAACACCUUCCUGGAGGGACAGGACUACGUGGCCGGUGACAAUCUAACUGUGGCCGAUAUUGCCAUCCUGGCGCUGGUUUCCACCUUCGACAUCAUUGAGUUCGACUUUAGCAAGUACACGAACGUGGUCAGGUGGUACGCCAAUGCUAAGAAGGUGACUCCCGGAUGGGACGAGAACUGGGAGGGUCUGCAGCAGAUGAAGGCCUUCUUCGAAGCCCUUCCCGAAAUGGAUUUAUACUACUACCCGGUGGUCAGCGCUUGUCGCAACGUCCUCAUGGUGGCCAAGGCCCUGGGCCUCGAGCUGAACAAGACGCUGGUGAACACCCUCAAGGGGGAGCAGCUGAGCCCGGAGUUCAUCAAGAUCAACCCCCAGCACACCGUUCCCACCCUGGUUGACAAUGGCUUCAUCCUCUGGGAGUCGCGUGCAAUUACCAUUUACCUGGUGGAAAAGUACGGAAAGGACGACUCUCUCUACCCCAAGGAUCCUCAGAUCCAGGCCGUAAUCAAUCAGCGACUUUACUUCGAUCACUCCAACAUGUACGGCUCCCUGGCCGCAUACUACUUCAAGGCAUUCCUCACCGGAAAGUUUGGAUCUGAAGAGGACCUUAAGAAGUCGACGGACACCUUCGAGUUCCUCAACAGCUUCCUCGAGGGACAGGACUACCUGGCCUGCGACCAUCUCACCUUGGCCGACAUUGCUAUACUUUCAAAUGUGGCCAACUUCGAUGCCCUGGGAUUCGACAUCAGCAAGUAUCCGAAUGUGGCCAGGUGGUACGCCAACGCCAAAAAGGUGACUCCCGGGUGGGAGGAGAACUGGGCAGGAGCUCUCGAAAUGAAGAGGAUGAUCGACGAGAAACUAAAUGCAGCUCAGUAAUUGAUUUGGCUUACUUUUAUAAUUUGUUUUUAUAAAUAAAAUUAAACUUUUGACUUUAAA